AUGCUGUUGUGUGACUGAAGAUGACGAAAAUAAUAACUGUCAAAACAAACAGUACUACGUUGAAAAUUUCAUCCAAAGCAUACUUGCAACUAACUAUAAAAGACAGGACGGCACGAUUGUAGCUGGUGGCGACUGAAGAUAUUUCAUUAAGGAUGCAAUACAGUUGAUCAUUCAAAUUACUCCUGCAAAUGGGGUAAACGUAGGCUAUUCAUUUUACUCUAACGUAGCCUACAAGAUAGGCUACAUACCUGGACCUCCUGCAGCGGCCAGACCACGACAAGUACCGUAGUUUUCCUGAUGAUUCACUGUUCAUGUCUGCCACUGUGUCAAACAACGCCUUAAUUUAUUGAAUAAAUCAAGCAUUUUAAUGCUGGACUUGAUCAAUGCCUGCAUCUGCUCGGACCUUUUUUUGAAAAAAUUGGACACCUCUGUCCUAAACGCUAUAUGAAUCUCUGGUUGCCUCUGUGUAGCUAGUGACUUGAUUUACAAGAAAGUCAUUAUUGUAGUAAUUGUGUUUUGUAUAUCUUUGUUGUAAUAUGUUAAUUGCUUCAUUCCAUACUGUUAAUGUUCAGGGUUCCUUUUCACCAGUAAUGAGAAUUGUAAAAAUAAUGUUAUUUUAUCUGGUCUUUCUUUAUUGACUAGACUAAAGAAUGCUAGAGCUAGCCUCACUUCUAAACAGCAUUUAAGUGAAUUUUUUGUUUCCUUUAUUCAUUUAUUUAUUUUUGAAUGUUACUAGUGUAACUGUUUCAAUCUACAGGGGAUUUUAAAAACUCCCAACUGGAUAAUUCACCAGCCCAGAAAAGUCAGGUUCAUUGCUACAGCCAGACCUUCUUUCUGUCAGUGUGAACUGUGUAGGCAGUAGAUGGUCUCCACUAAGUGGCAGGUUGUUGUUGGCAACUGAUUGUGAGGCAGUGUUGGCAACUGGUUGCUAGGCAGUUUUGGCAGGCAGGGGGUUGUGCCUGGUGUAGUGUGCUACAGAUAGUGUUGCCGUCCUACCAUUUGUCUGGAAGUCAGUGUCAGCCUGUGCUGUGAGGGUAGGGCUGGGCUAUUCUUGGGCAGGGUAUUCCUUAUGUCAGAGAUCAGACGAGGGGAAACUCCGGAAACCUCCGAAGGUUUUCAAAAAAGUAUCCACACUGAUAGGACAGGGUGAUUGCAGGGGUGUAGAGGAGCAAGGGCAACCCCCGCCCACCCUUCAGCUUCUGGAGGGCGCCUCAGCCCUGACAGUGAUCACCCCAGACAUGUGCAGGAGAGCGUCUUCAGUUACAGCCUGCCUCUGUGAGUUCGGGCGGUUGGUGAUUGGCCAGAAUGGGAUCAUGUCCACACCGGCGGUGUCUUGCAUGAUCCGGAAGAUCAAAGCCAUCGGGGGCAUCAUCCUUACCGCAAGCCACAAUCCUGGAGGACCUAACGGGGACUUUGGCAUCAAGUUCAAUACUUCCAAUGGAGGCCCAGCACCUGAAGCCGUCACAGACAAAAUCUUCCAGAUCAGUAAGACCAUCGAAGAGUACGCCAUCUGCCCAGACCUCCAAGUUGACCUGUCAACCAUCGGCAAGCAGACCUUCGACCUGGAGAACAAGUUUAAGCCAUUCAAAGUGGAGAUUGUGGACUCAGUGGAGUCUUAUGCCAACAUGCUGAGGAACAUCUUUGACUUUGCUGCCCUGAAGGAGCUGCUGUCUGGAGAGAACCACCUCCGCAUACGGCUGGAUGCCAUGCAUGGGGUGGUAGGACCAUAUGUGAAGAGGAUCAUCUGUGAGGAGCUGGGCUCUCCUGCCAACUCUGCCAUCAACUGCACCCCCAAGGAGGACUUUGGGGGCCACCACCCUGAUCCCAACCUCACCUAUGCUGCAGACCUGGUGGAGACCAUGAAGGGCGGGGAGUAUGAUUUUGGAGCCGCCUUUGAUGGUGAUGGUGAUCGCAACAUGGUGCUGGGGAGGCAGGGUUUCUUCGUGAACCCCUCAGACUCAGUGGCGGUCAUAGCCGCCAACCUCUUCAGCAUCCCUUACUUCCAGCACACGGGGAUCAGAGGUCUGGCCCGGAGCAUGCCCACCAGCGCCGCUCUCGACAAUGUAGCUAAAGCCACCCAGAUCCAGCUGUUUGAGACACCCACAGGAUGGAAGUUCUUUGGGAACCUGAUGGAUGCAGGGAAGCUGUCCCUGUGUGGGGAGGAGAGCUUUGGCACAGGCUCUGACCACAUUCGUGAGAAAGAUGGGUUGUGGGCGGUGCUGGCCUGGCUGUCAAUCAUUGCUGUGAGGAAGCAGAGUGUGGAGGACAUCAUGAAGGACCACUGGCAGAAGUUUGGCAGAAAUUUCUUCACAAGGUACGACUAUGAGGAAGUGGACUCAGAUGCUGCCAAUGAGAUGAUCAAGGACCUGGAGGCACUGAUUCUCGACAAGGUAUUCAUUGGGCAGAAGUUCUCAGCUGGAGACAAGAUUUAUGAAGUGGAGAAAGUUGACAACUUUGAGUAUAGUGACCCUGUGGAUGGAAGUAUCUCAAGGAAUCAGGGUCUUAGGAUCAUUUUCUCAGAUGGUUCUCGCAUCAUUUUCCGCCUCAGUGGGACAGGCAGUGCUGGGGCCACAAUCAGGCUCUACAUAGACAGCUAUGAGAAAGACCCUCAGAUGAUAUAUGAAGACCCACAGGCCAUGCUGGCUCCCCUGGUGACUAUCGCUCUGAAGAUCUCGCAGAUUCACGAGAGGACUGGUCUAAACGGCCCCACAGUGAUCACGUGAUGCCCCCAUUCUGUUGCACAGCCCCACUAAAACUCACCAAAUUACACUACUCAAAUCUGUACAGUAAUGUUCAACCCAAGACAUGAUCCAUUAAACCCUACAUUCAU